CAGUCUAAUCGAUAAGUGACAGAAACACUAAAGCCUGUAUAAAAGGCCAAAGACAUGACUUGAAAACACUACAGAUUUCUGGAAAGUUGCUACAGACGGAAAAGCGGAUAACUGCUAUUGAAAAGAAAUGGAUAUUGUUUCUUAAAUAAACGCAUGAAUAUCGAAUUACACUUGUGUUAAGAUGAGAUAUAUUUAAAUAAGUAAAUGAAUUCUUACGGGAAAUUAUUCAAGUUAACGUAAUAAAAACGUAAUCAGAUUUCAUGUGAUAUUUAACAACGCAGCUAGUGUUAGUUAAUAAUUUGAAGACUUCACCUAAUAUAAGCCAGUCGUACAUGAUCAAAUAUCAGUUUCAAAAUAAACAUUUAAACAAUUGGAUGCAAAUUUACGAAUCAUGAAGUGAUAGAAAAUGAUAAAAGUAGAGCAAGACAAGUUGAGAAUCAGUAUCAUUCAAAUACUACAAGACAAAAUGUUCAAGUGAAAACCAUCAUUUGUAUGUUAUUUAUUUAUCAAGUAAUACAACAAUGAUGUUUGUGUACUAAUCGACCAUCUUAAUUUUAAAUUCAAAUAAAAAGAAAUCCUUGGAAAAAAUAACUUUUUGACUCCAAAAUGUAUAUUGACAGUUGCUUCUUCUUUGCAUACUCAGAAGUGCUGAACCAUUCUUGAAGAAUUUAGAAGAAAGUCAAGAAAACUGUUGUAGCAGGAGAUGAAAUGUGAAACAAAAAUAUGUCAGGUUAAAAAAGGAUUGAUCAGACAAGGCUAGACAUUUGCAUUUUGAAUAUCAGAUGCUUGUACGUGGUUUCAUGUUCCAAAAUUGAAGUAAACUGGGUACAUAUCUGAAACUACGUGACAGGAAAAGUGAUUAGGAAGGUAAGCGCCUAAAGAUGACGCAUAAAUACGACGGCCAACUGGCAUCCAAUAUGUCAACUGUACAACCUCUGCCCGACGGUUACCGUUUCAGCGAUCCGUUUGCCUAUGACUAUUAUGGGAAUCACAGCGGCAAUCUUCCGCCAUAUUUUGAUCAAGCUGAAAUUUUGGAAGUACUGAAGAGCCAGAAAAACAACAAUUUUGACAGAACAACAGAGGCAAUAAUUACAACUGUCUUUUCAAUCAUGAUAAUAUUUGGAGCACUUGGAAAUGGCCUUGUCUGUUAUGUUGUAUUUCUAAAUUCGCACAUGCGCACACCGAGAAAUAUUUUCAUAAUAAACUUGGCAAUCUCUGACCUUACACUUUGCUUGUUCACACAACCGCUCAAUUUGUACAGAUUGCUCAACAGUCAAUGGCAUUUAGGCGCUUUCAUGUGUAAACUGUCUGCGAUGUUACAAGGAACAAAUGUAUUUGUGUCAACGAUAAGUAUCACCGCUAUAGCUCUUGAUCGCUUCCAGGUAAUCGUGUACCCAACAAGAGACAGCAUGAAAAGGAUUGGAGGUGCCGCUGCUUUGAUCGUAAUAUGGAUAAUAUCACUAUUGAUGUCAAGCCCAUUGAUUAUAUUUUCGGUAUAUAACGAGGAACAGCCUGUACCAAAUAUUGACUACUAUCACUGUUAUUGUUUGGAAGAUUUAACCCUUAGAGCUGAAAAGGGCGCAUAUUCAGUCGCAUCAAUGGUUGUACAAUACAUUUUACCUGUUAUUACUGUGACUAUUGCACAUGCACGAAUUUGUAACAAACUGAAAUAUCGUAUGGUAAACAGGCGUCCACCGAGAAGUUCAGGUGAUGUUAAUAGCCCACCUCCCGCCUGCAACAGAAAUCGGCGCAAUGAAAAUAGGUCGGCGCGAAAGCGAAAAACAAAUAUUUUGCUAGCAAUGAUCGGAGUGGUGUUUGUACUAAGUUGGUUGCCGUUGAAUAUUAGCAAUAUUCUUGUGGAAUUUCAAUUCCAGAUAUUUUUCAAAAACAAAUCAAUCGAUAUAAAUUUAUUGUAUAUUGUUUGUCACACGCUGGUGCUAAGCUCUGCAUGUAGUAAUCCAGUUCUUUAUGGAUGGUUGAAUGACAAUUUCAGAAAGGAGUUUAUGAAGGUGCUCCAUUGUGACUGCUGUAAUGUAGUCAAACCACAGUGGUUGUUUCUUCGUAGAGCAAGGGAGCAGGGUCUACCAGUAAUAACAUUUUCGCCCGAAGAAAAUGGUGGGAAUACCAAUGGAUUUCAGAGAGCAAUCAGGCGUCCGACAAAUACGUCACACAUGUUUAUGACAACCGAAAUUGACCAGACUUGUCCACAAUCAGCAGUAUCAUUGUAAAAGACAUUAAAGAUCAGAAUUGUUGUUCUAUAUUGCACUUCUCAGUUAGCAUGUUACAUGUUAGUUAACUGCUUUGUGAUUUCAAGGGGAGCAAUAUUGCUAAAGUGAUGUAUGUUUUUCUUCAUAAUACAAAUGUACGCUGGCAAUGUUUUUAUAAUUUUUGUAAUGACAAUUUAUUGGCAGAUAUUUUUGUCAGAAAUCGCCAAGAUAUUUGAUUAAUUGUUCAAACAUCUGAAGAUCUGUCAUAUAAGCAAAGUCUCGAAUCUUGAAUAUUUGCGCACAUGUCAUCUAAGAUAUGAUGUCAUCUGGACAUACCUAAAUUAUCUUUGCCGUAAAAAAUGUCAAACAUAAAGAGUCUUGCCUACUCGAAGAACUUUUAGGCACACUUUAACCUAUAUCGCAUUCUACUUAGGUCUUACGCAACAUUACAUAAAAUAAGUGAGCUCAAAUUCAUUACUCAUGAUAAUUAUAAUCUAAUUCACUAAUAUCUUUAUCUUCAUUCUAUCUUGAAUAGUGUUACAUAAAUCGUGAAUACAUAAAGGUCCAUAAUGCCUUUGCUUAUAAUGUGGCUGCCACAUUUUUAUAUAAACAUAAUACAAACAUGCAUUCAUUAAUUUUGUGUUAAUUCCUAUUUUCACUAAUCGUUUUUCUACCAUAUUUCUCAUAGGUUUGAAUAUUGGGUAACAUAUUAGAAAGUAUUAUUGAAUCAAUUGUUAUGAUUACUUCUCUUUAUGAAAUAUUAAAAUUAGUGUAUUUCUAACCAUUAUAAAUAUAUUCUCUAUUUGGACAACUGCUUUAUCUCAUUAUAACAUAAAAUUAAAACCCUUAUGGAACUUUAAGAUGAUUAAUAUAGCCCACACAUAAAUACACUAACUGAUUACUUAAUAGGGAGUUUGCAAGCGUGCAAGUGCAUUGUUGUCUAUAAACAUAAACCAUGAGAUUUAACGGCAUAAGUACGAUUGCUUCGAGCUAACUUUACAGUCAUUUAAUUCUUUUUUCAUUUUUUAUCAUGCAUUUUACAAAAUUUAAUGUACUGUCGAUUCAAGUUUUAUCUAAACUUUUCAAUGAAACCAGGAAAUAGAAUAGCUCUGUAGUUUUUUUGUAUAGUGUAUUAUCUGUCAAUCAAGAUGGUAGUUUCUUUUACCUCUGUAUGUGCUGCUGUCUGUUCUUUGAUUCUAUAAUUAAACAAUAACAUGAUGAGAGGAAUAAUUUCAUUUUGAAAUUUUAUAUGCCUUAAGACUAGAUGGAGCUAUACUCUUAAGAAUCCAAUUAAGUAUAUGUAGAAAAAUUUGAAAAAUGAUACCCAUCUUUUUUAUUUUUCAUGAUUAACUCUUAAAAAAGGAUCAAUUUACUUCAGUAAGUUAUGACUAAUUGUAUGCUUUUUAACCUUUAGCCUGCUGUCGGCAAGUGGUUCUGCCUUUGCGACCAGUGUAGACGGAUCAGUGCGUACUCUUCAGUCAGUAAAUCUUCAUUGAACACCCCUUUGAAUAAUAAGUGGUACUGCGCAAAUUGAAUGAUGGACCAGUCCAUUUUAGAAAUAUAGCAGGGUAAAGGUUAAUAUUUAUUUAAUUAUUACUUGUAAGUGUAAUAUAUCUACUUAUUAUAUCAAAUUAAGUAUCAAUUGUUAUUUACUUCCGAAAUUUGUUCAUAGGAAAUGAAGCUUUUUUUUUUAACUUAGACGUUGGGUCUGAUUGCAGUAUGUAAAUUAAAUGUUAAUUUGUGAAUAGUAUU